AAGGCAUGUAAGAAAAACAAGAGAGGUGUUCCUCUUGCUUAAUAGCAGUUAGAUAAUGCGGAAUUCGCCGCUCGUAGGCCGAAAUCAAGAAAGAGAUACCCAACGCCGCCACGUCCUCUCCGCUCUUUCGGUAAUUAUGAGGAGUUGCAGGUCCCUCAGGUUUUGAUAAUGGCGAAUUCGGCUCAACAAUCAAGAUGUGUUUUUGUGGGGAACAUACCAUAUGAUGCGACUGAAGAACAACUUGUGCAAAUAUGUGAAGAAGUUGGCCCUGUUGUAUCAUUCAGGUUAGUACUUGAUAGGGAAACUGGGAAGCCUAGAGGUUAUGGUUUCUGUGAGUACAAGGAUGUAGAGACAGCUAAUAGCGCACGACGUAAUCUUCAAGGCUAUGAGAUUAAUGGUCGGCAGUUACGAGUUGACUUUGCUGAGAAUGACAAAGGAAGUGACAGAAACAGAGAACAGGGUCGUGGGGGCCCCGGGCUGGCACCAAAUGUUGGUGGACCAAUGGUUGCAGAUUUGGCUGAUAAUCAGCCAAUGGGUAUCCCAUCAGCGGUUACUGCAGCAUCUGUCAUGGCUGCUGCUCUUGGUGACGUGCAAACUAGUGGUAUGGGUGCAAACCAAAAUGGUUUCCAGGGGCAGCCAAGAACUGAUCCUUUGACUCUAUAUUUAGCUAGCAGGUCCAAAAGCCAACUAUAUGAAAUUCUUUCUGAAAUGAAGGCAAUAGCUCAACAAAAUCAGGCACUGGCUAAGCAGAUGAUGACGACUGGUCCUCAGUUCUCCAAGGCCGUUUUCCAGGCACAGAUAAUGCUUAAUAUGGCCUCACCUCAAAUGUUGCAACAAAUGGCAAACACAAGGCAGUCAUCAAAUUCACUUUUGCAGCCACCAUUGCACGAAGUAAAACAAGAGCAGCAGUCAAUGCACCCCGCCACUCAUCAAAACCAAGUGCCUCCUGCGCAAACUAAGGUGCAGGCUGGGUUGUUGCCAAGAAUACCUGAAGGACAACCACACUUAACCAUGCCUCAAAAUUCCUUUAUUGCUCAGCCCUCUUCGGUGCCACUUCAACAUGUACCUAUGCCACCAAGAUUUCCUUUAUUACCACAAACUCAUGGCCAGGUUUCAUUUCCUCCACACUCUGGGCUUUCCACUGUUCUGCCUAUGCGGGCCCACUCUCUCUCUGGAGUGCCUGUCAAAUCACAAGCUCCUCCUGUGGUGAGCUCGAAACCAUUGCAACAGCAAAUACAGCCUCCUCUCCCACAACUCCCAAGGCCUAUUGGACAUGUUCAAUUGUCUAUGCAGAAUCCAGCUCUCCAACAACAAUCAUCUCUGCCUAAUUCGUUCUUGUCUCAGCAGGCAGUUGUGCAGGUUGGGUCAUCACAAUCUUCGGGUUCAAUUGGUGGGUUAGAGGCAUUUUCUAGAGAAGCCGGCAUGUCUAAUCCAAGCUUCAAUAACUUAAGUCAUGAUGCAGCUCAAGUCACUAGAAGUACAGCAUAUUCAAACUUGGCAUUGAGGGAACAGGCAGGAAUAACUGGUGACUCAUUUGAAACCCCUCUUAAAAAACCUAAAGUGGAAGCCUCUCUUAAACAGCCUAAAUUGGAAACACCUCUGAAACAACCCAAAUUGGAAGAUGGGAGCGUAACGAGCAGUGCUAUUACUGGGGUUGGAUCCUUGUCUGGUGUUGAUGCAUCUCAUAAUUCAGAGCAGCAGGCUCCUCAGUUGCAGUUUCGCCCUGAGGAUGAACCGGAUUUAAUUAAGCAACUGAUGAACCUCAAACCUGAGCAAUUGAAUACUUUGUCACCGGAGCUGCAGAUGCAAGUCAUUCAGCUUCAACAAAUGUUACAAUCUUAGUAUGUACUUUUUGCUGACCUUUCUCUGAAUGUCUAUCGUGAAUAAAGCAUCAAGAAGGUUGCAGCAUUAUGGUUCUUCUUCUGUAUCAUUAGAAUCUUGAAAGAUAAAAAAUCUUCCUGUUUUAGUGGAAGAGUGAGAGAAUCACAUAUGGAAAUCAUUGUUUAUAGAUUAGUAUGACAUUUAUUUCUUGAAUCCGAUAUUGUUUUUGUAGAGGGCUUAAGAAAAGAUUGAUUAUUUUUCGUGUAUCAUCAAAUUUGGAUGUCAAUUACUCAAGUCUCCCUCUGCUCAUUUUGCAACUCGAGCAUUUCUAUUUUGCA